GGAGUGGUUGGCUUCGACCAGCCGUUGUAGCGAAGAGCCAAUGAUACACAAAUAGGCAAGAAUCCUUGGCUGGAGUGGAGAGCAUCAUAGUCCCCAAAGCUAAUAAGACGCCAUGAUGAUUAUAAUUGCAAAAAACGAGCAUUCAACAAUACUGUAAUCAGAAGAAAGAGACAGGCCAUGGCGGGGCUUGGCAGGCGACAGCGUUGGCGGCGUCGAUGGCGUCGGGGUUCAUGAGCAGGGGCGCUUUGCGGAGGAAAGAAAGAGAGAACAGCGCGGAGGGCGCGACGGUGAGGGAAAAACACAACGGCGGGUCGGGGAGGCGACGGCCGAGGUGAAGGCGCGUCGGCGUCGACGUCAACGUUCGCUAGCAGAUUCAGCGCUUCGCGGAGGAGAGAGAGAGAGCAGAUUGAUUCGGCGUAGAGGCGGAGGCGGAGGCGCGGCGGCUCGGGAGGCGACGGUGGAGGCAGAGGAGCGUCAGCGUCAUGGUUCGCUAGCAGAUUGCGUCGACACGAUGGCUCAGGAGACGACGGUGGAGGCAACCGGCAGAGGCGCGUCGGCAUCGUGGUUCGCUGGCAGAUUCAGCACUUCACGUAAGAGAAAGAGAGCAUAUUGCUUCAGUGCGGAGCCGCAGGCAGAGCCGUCGACGCGGCGGCUGGGGGCGCGACAGCGGAGGCAACCGGCGGAACCGGAGGCGUGGUGGUUCGCUAGCAGUUUCAGAGAGUGGGGGAGUGGAUUGAUUAAGCGCGGAGGCGAAGGAGAGAGAGAGAGAGAGAGAGCGGGGAAUCAUUUUGAACCAGGUUUAAUAAAUGAAGGGAAUUUUUUUUGUCUCGGCAACAGAACGGAGUUUAACGGGGAGAGGGGAGAGGGUGUGAAGAUGAGAAAUCUGUACUGAAGAACCUGAGAUGUAGAAACUCUGUACUGAAGAACCAGAGAUGCAGAAGCAAGAAGAUGAAUUGGAAAGCUCGAAGAUUGAUCAAGAAAGACUUUGUAUUCUUCUUAUUUCAAUCACAAUGUAUUUCAGAACUUGUACAUCAAUGAGCAGAAAGAGAUUUUCAUCUCGACUCCAUACUUUCUAUCUCUUUAUCUGCAUAUUGCUGUACUCUUUUACAGAGAACUCAAAACAAUGGAGAUUUUCUAUCUUUCUCUCUCUAUCUCUCUGUUACACAUCUCAAAAACCCUUAAUCGAAACUACACACACUUUCCUAUUUAAGAAGAUGAAGACUAACUGACAAAACUAAUUUCUGUUUUUGACUUUCCAAUUGAAUAACAACUUUACAUUUCUUCAUAUCCUAGCAAUCCGCAAUCCGUGUCAAUCUUUUCACAAAUUCACCAUCGUCGAUGACAGUCUUCAUUACCCUUCAUCUCAGUCGUUCAUUUGCAGUCUCUUCUUUCGACUGGUAUCAGCCACUUCUCCCCUUUUUGCUUGUAUCAGCAAUCGCUUGCUUUAGUUCUUUUAUCAGCUUCAGCAGCCUCAGCAGCACCAUCUGUUCUAUUUCCAUCAUCAGUAUUAUGAAUAGCUGAUUUCUUUUGUCGAUAUAUCUUAACAGAGGGGAGAGAGAGAGCAUCAGGUCAGAGCAGCUGCAGUGAUGGGCCUGGGUUUUUGAAGAGAGACAGGAGAGAUUUCACCUGCCUAAUAUUUUCUCGAAUCAUCCGACUCUUCCAUCAACCAGUCUUGCUCUCGUUACUCCACCGCUUGCGUCCCGACCGAGGCCAUAAAAGCCACCGCGGAAGAGGCCACCUCACAAGCGCAAGGGCACCAGAUCCAAUUACUCAGAAGCGUGCAACCCACGAUGGAGAUGGAGAUGGAGAAGGCAGACGAAUGUCACAUCGUGAUGUACCCGUCACCGGGAAGAGGCCACCUCAUGUCCCUGGUGGAGCUCGCCCAGUCCCUCCUCCGCCACCACCCCUCCCUCUCCGUCACCGUCCUCAUCUCCUCCCCUCCCCACCUCCUCCCUUCCAUCACCCCUUACGUCUCCUCCGUCUCCUCCGCCACCCCUUCCAUCGCCUUCCGCCACCUCCCCUCCGUCUCCCUCCCCCCUCUCUCUCCUCUGCCCCCACCGCCUUCUCUGACGACCCGGCCAUGUACUUUGAGUACGCCCGCCUCAACAGCCCCAACCUCCACCAAACCUUGUCUGAGCUGCUCUCCGCCUCCCAGCCGUCACAGAAGCCCAGAGCCCUCGUCGUCGACUUCUUCUACGGUUCCGGCGCCGAGGUCGCUGCUGCGCUCCGUCUCCCUGCGUACUAUUACUUCCCUUCCGGCGCGAACCCUCUGGCGGCAUUUCUCUACCUCCCCACCCUACACAAGAUCACUAACACCAGCUUCAAAGACCUGGACGGCGACGUCGACAUCCCGGGCGUACCGCCCAUUCCGGCGAAGCACAUGCCGACCAGAAUGCUGGACCGCAGCAGCAGAAUCUACGGCCACUUCUUGGAAACGUCCAUGCGGCUGGCGGAAUCUGCCGGGCUCAUAAGCAACACGUUCGAGGCGCUCGAGCUGAGGGCCGUGAAAGCGAUAUCGGAGGGACUGUGCGUGCCGGACGGCCGAACUCCGCCGGUGUACUGCAUCGGGCCGCUCGUGGCAGUCGACGAUCACAUCAGUAAGCGGGAUUGCCUAAGCUGGCUCGACUCGCAGCCGAACCGAAGCGUCUUGUUUAUGACCUUCGGAAGCAUGGGGGUGUUCUCGUCCAAGCAGCUGAGAGAGAUCGCUCAGGCGCUAGAGGGGAGUGGGCUCAGGUUCUUGUGGGUGGUGCGUAACCCACCACCGGACGAUGAAAUCUGGCGCAACUUAACUAUUAAACCAGAAGAUGAUCCAGGCAUGGAUGCGAUCCUUCCGAGUGGGUUCACGGAGAGAACUAAAGACAGAGGGCUGGUGGUGAAGUCAUGGGCCCCGCAGGUGGCGGUGCUGAGCCACGACUCGGUAGGCGGGUUCGUGAGCCACUGCGGGUGGAACUCGGUGAUGGAGGCAGUGUGCGCCGGUGUGCCCAUGAUAGUCUGGCCGCUCUACGCAGAGCACAAGCUGAUCAGGUCAUACCUAGCCGGCGAGAUGAAGCUGGUACUGUCGGUGGCCGAGUCGGAAGGUGGGUUCGUGACGACGGAAGAGUUGGCAGGGCGGAUCGCGGAGCUGAUGUGCUUGGAGGAAGGGAGAAAGGUGAGGGAGCGAGUGGCGGAGAUGAGGAACGCGGCGAGGGAGGCGUUGAGCGAGGGAGGGUCGUCGCGGGUGGCGAUGGCGAAGUUGGUGGACUCGUUUAAAAGUGGAAUGACGUGAGAAGAUGAGUAACAAUUAUCUGGCGUAAAUAAUAUUUUAUAUUAAGGGUUUUAUAUAUCGUCGAUAAUUCUCAAAAUAAGCAUUAGAUAAGAUCGCUUGUAAAAUUUAAUGCCCUCUUUAUGUAUAUGAUCUACUUUUCUAAGAAGAAUAUGUAGAACAAAAAAACUGUCAUGGCGAUUAUCGUAAA